AAGAAAAGAUCACAACCCUUUUCUAAUACUCUCUCUCUCUCUCUCCCCACCAAAAAGAAAAAAAGAUUAUAGAGUGAGAACUUCAUAUACUGCAUCGAAUCUUGUUACUCUUCAAGACAUCCUCAACUGUAAUAAUGGAAACACAUCUACCCCAAAAGAACACAGAAAACGAUGUGGAAAAGCAACAAACUGAAGGAGAAGCAAAGCAACAACCACCUUCACCAUCCUCUUCCCCUUCUCAUGAGUUCUCCUUCACAAUCUCUCUUCACUCUUCUAACACCACAAUCCAUGAUAAAUCCAAAGCCCCACCUUCUCUUGCAGUUGAUUUAACUCCUGCUGAUGACAUUUUCUUCCAUGGUCACUUGCUCCCUCUUCACCUCCUAUCUCACUUCUCUUCAUCACCCCGUUUUUCCACCAAUUCGAUGGACAGUUUCACACUCCCUAUCAGAGAAUUCUUAGAAGAUGAGAAAAAACCCACUAAGGACAGUGGCAGUUGCAACAGCAGCAACAGGAGCAACAUCACCAUAGAUAGCAUUAGCAAUUGCAAUAGCAACAGCAUCAUCAACAAAGAAGAGUACUACAACAAUAGAGGGACAAAGGAAGAAAGUAAGUCCAAGCCUACUUUUUCAUUGUUUGGAUUAACAAAAGGGCGUAAAGGGUGUCAGGUUAGAGACAAGGAAGAUAAAGAAAAUAAACAUAAGAAGAAUCUAGGUUAUGAUGUGAUCCAUGCACUAAAAAAGUACCUAAGAAUGGUGCAGCCACUAGUGCUUUUCAGAGGGAAAAGAGAAAAAGUCCGGUUCCAUGGACAAGCUUAUUCUCAUUCAGGGAACUUGAUUCGGAGAAAUAAGCCUGAAUUGAGAGGAAGAAGAGGAGAGUAUUCAGCACCAGCAUCUAUGAGGACUUCUCCAACAAACAGUGGCCUUUUGCUUGCAACUGCCACUCUUCCUCCUGCUAAUGACAGCACCAUGGAAGAGUUGCAAGCUGCUAUUCAAGCUGCAAUUGCUCAUUGCAAAAAUUCUAUUGCUAAGGAAGAGAAACUCAAUUGCUGAUAGAGACGUGCUAGAUAAUUUUUUUUUUCCUAGUUGUACUUAUUACUGUCAUAGUUUUCAUAUUUUAUGUUUUGGUAAUGUUAAAUCUACGUCUGAAAAAUUUACACCUGCAGGUUAUUACACUUGAUUACCGAUAUAUAUGUUAAUUG